AUGGAGAAUAGUUCAGCAAUAUCAUGUCCUUCAACUCCUCGCUGGAACUCCGAGAGGCCAUUCCUGACUGGCCGCUUUCAUCAGGAAACCAAAACGACGUCGCGUUUCUUCGACACCAAGGGCUAUUCCGUUGAUUCCCUUGGCUUGGGAUCCGAAAAAGCCAUUGGUUGUUACAAUGCUGCUGUUCAGGAACUUGUGGUCAUCGAUGACCUCUUGUCUGCAAUGGUUGGGAUCCAAGGACGCUACAUUUCGAUCAAAAGGGCCCACGGAAAAGAGGAUAAUUUCACCUUUCAAGUUGAUGCAUCCAUGGAUUUAGCUCUUCAGGAAUUGGCGAAACGGGUAUUUCCUCUGUGUGAGAGCUUUAUGCUCAUUAACCAGUUUGUUGAAUCAAGAUCUCAAUUCAAGAAUGGUCUGGUGAAUCAUGCCUUUGCUGCUGCACUCAGGGCUCUCCUUCUAGAUUACCAGGCCAUGGUGGCACAAUUGGAACACCAGUUUCGACUUGGAAGACUGUCCCUACAAGGCUUGUGGUUUUACUGUCAGCCAAUGAUGGGGUCCAUGCAAGCACUAUCUAAUGUAAUACAGAGGGCUUCAGCUAAUAAUUUUGCAGGUUCUGCAGUUCUUAACCUCUUGCAGAGCCAGGCUAAGGCCAUGGCUGGUGAUAAUGGUGUAAGGUCAUUGCUAGAAAAGAUGGCAGAAUGUGCGAGCAAUGCAUACCUUGGAAUAUUGGAGAGGUGGGUUUAUGAAGGAGUCAUUGAUGAUCCUUAUGGUGAAUUUUUCAUUGCUGAGAACAAAUCUCUUCAAAAGGAAAGCCUGACUCAUGAUUAUGAUGCCAAGUAUUGGACGCAACGUUACAGCCUCAAGGAUGGAAUCCCUAGCUUCCUUGCAAAUAUUUCUGGGACAAUUUUGACCACUGGAAAAUAUCUAAAUGUCAUGAGAGAAUGCGGGCACCAUGUUCAGGUCCCUCAAUCAGAAAAUUCAAAAUUGAUGAGCUUUGGCUCAAACCAUCGCUAUCUUGAGUGUAUAAAAUCUGCUUAUGACUUUGCCAGCAGUGAGCUCUUAAAUCUCAUCAAAGAAAAGUAUGAUCUGAUGGGAAAGUUACGAUCUAUAAAGCACUAUCUUCUUCUUGAUCAGGGUGAUUUUUUAGUUCAUUUCAUGGAUAUUGCUCGAGAUGAGCUUACGAAAAAGCUUGAUGAGAUUUCUGUGGAGAAGCUGCAGUCUCUUCUAGACCUCGCUUUGCGUACCACAGCAGCUGCAACAGAUCCUUGCCAUGAGGACUUAACAUGUUGCGUGGAAACAUCUUCUUUGCUUAAAAAAUUGGGGACACUUACAGAUGGUGAAAGGAGCAGGAAUGUUCCUGAUGAUAAUGAUCUAGAGGAGCCAGUGAGCAUAACAGGACUUGAGACAUUUUCUUUGAAUUAUAAGAUUCGGUGGCCAUUGUCUAUUGUUAUCUCUAAACAUUCCUUAACAAAGUACCAGUUGAUUUUCCGCUUUCUUUUCCACUGUAAGCACGUGGAUCGCCAACUUUGUGGGGCAUGGCAAGCACAUCAAGGAGUUCGUGCCCUCAACAUGCGUGGAACUGCUAUCUCCAGAUCAUCUCUGCUCUGUCGUAGCAUGCUGAAAUUUAUUAAUAGCCUUCUACACUAUCUAACAUUUGAGGUUAUUGAGCCUAAUUGGCACGUGAUGCAUAAUAGACUUCAAACUGCAAAGAGCAUAGAUGAGGUUAUCCAACACCAUGAAUUUUUCCUUGACAAGUGUUUGAGGGGAUGCUUGCUUCUUUUGCCUGAAUUUCUCAAGAAGGUGGAGAGGCUGAAAUCACUUUGCCUACAAUAUGCAGCUGCAACUCAGUGGUUGAUAUCAUCUUCUAUUGAUGUUCCCAGCCUUGUCGAGUCUGAUGGUUCACUUGUGUCAGAAAAACCCAGGCAAUCGAAAUCACGGCGUCCAUAUCAGCCAUUAAAAUUAAGCUCCAGCAAUAAAACUGUUGCUGAUUCUAUUCUCAAAUUCGAGAGGGAGUUCAAUGCAGAGCUUCAGAGCCUGGGACCAAUAUUGAACAGUAGCUCCAAAGCAGAACCAUAUUUGACUCAUCUUUCGAAGUGCAUCUUAGGCAUUGGAAACGAACAAUGA